CCACCCUCCUCAAGGCAGCUGACCAAAGCUCCACGCGACCCGCCGCUCCGACUCCUUCAGCUAAGAAACCUGUGACGCCACUUCGACCGCGCCUGAUACCUCACCGCCGCGCGCCCCCGCUCGCAUCCUUCACCAUAGAGCUAAGGUUUAUCCCUAGCCUAGAUCGGGUAGGAGGAACGGGGCGGGGCGUCGCCAUGGCGGCCAAGGGCCGAGCCGGCCAGCCGGCAGCGCCAACGGGGACCGAGAUGAAGCGCUGAGGUGGGAGGAUGAUCUCGCGAUACACACGGAAGCCGGUGCCCCCCGACGCCCUGGGGAUCCAAGGACUUACAAAAAGUAUCUUAGAACAUCAUCCCCUGCCAGACUCACUGGAUGACAGUUACCCAUCCACUGAAAGUCAGGAAGACAUUUCAAGUGAGUCUGAAAGUACAAAAGAUUCCAACUACCAAUCUGUCACUUCAGUAGACAAUGGGAACUCAUGGUCAGCUAGUCAGAGCUUCACAGGGACCUCCACAGAAGACAGUUCAGUCUUUUCUUGGGGCUACGAUGAAUUUGAUAAAGCUGCUACACGGCAAGUUCAGCAGAUAUUCAGACAUAUUGAUGAGCUCUUGUAUGAACAAAAAACAAGUGUGUAUGUUGAAGGCCUAGAAGACGAGUGCCAGCAAUGGAUGUCAAGCUUCCCCCAUCUCAGGAUUGUAGGCAAACAAGUAGUGAUUCCUACAGAUGAAGGUUAUGGAUGGUACUCAAGUUCAACUUGCAGCACCUUAGGCUCAGCUGAUAUGAGCCCAGCACAAGAGAAAGAUCCAAGUGAGUUUAGUAUUUUGGGCAAGAAGGUUCCUGUUUCUGUUAUUCCUAUUUGUAAAGAAGAUGAUCUUUCAGUGCAUCCUGAAUUGUGUUUGUUGGAGAGUGAAGAAGGAGAAGAUGGAGUUAUUGUCUCUGAAGGCAUAAUGGAGGAAUAUUUAGCAUUUGAUCACAGAGAUAUGGAAGAAGAGUUGCAUGACUGGAAAAUGGGUCUUUCACCUGACAGGCGGAAAUUAGGUUUCCCUCCUAUCUCGCCAUCAUACUGCAUGAGAGAUGCUGUUCGUUCUUAUGUGUUUGAUGAUGUCUGGAGUGAGGUUUUGGGCUAUAUGGAGCAGUUAAUCUGUAGACACUGGGAAGGGUCAGUCUCAGAUGAGGAGAAGAAUGUCAUAACUGUAGAAGCAAGCCGGACAGAUUCAGGAAGUCCUUUUAUGCAGUUUGAGCCUUUGCCAUUGUUGUUACCUCAAAUGCCACAAACUAAGAUGCCUUCCAUCACUUCAGAUCUGUACUCAAAACGCAGAUGUGGCCGCAAAACCAAAAAGAAGAGAAAAACAUCGGAAGUAAAUCUCUCUCAAGGAACAAGCAGUGGCCCACGACGUAAUUUGAAUGGUUUGAUGGUUAUUCAUGGGAUCCCCUUCCACCAAAGGAACUUGCCUCUGAUGGAUAAACUAUUAGAAUUGGAUGACAGAUUGCUUAUGAGGCCAGGCUCCAGUUCUAUCCUGUCAACCAGAGUUCGGCCAAAUCGCCCACUUGAGCUCAGUACAUCUUCUCUGUCCUAUUCUGCACAAUCUACUAGAAGGCGUAACCCACCACCACGUACUCUGCAUCCCAUCAACACUAGCCAUUCUCGCUCAGGGACACCAAGACCCGUGGACGAAGUCAUUAGAGGAACACGACUCUCCACUACAAAUGAGCAACUGUCAUCACCUUCUCCAGUGCCACUGAGCAGAAAUAACCUCCUUCCUCCUAUUAGUACUAUAGAUAUAGCAGAGCAUUUGGAAUCCCAAAAACAAAUGAAAUCUCAAUGGAAUGCAAGCCGGGCUCGCAGUGCAAUAGCAGAUGUAAUUAACCACCAACCAGUACAUGAGAGAUUUUUAUUACCUGAUAGUUUCUCCAGGCCCAACACAUCACAUGCAUUUUGGCCAGAUUCACAAUAUCAUCGUUCGUGCACUGUUAUUGAUUAUGCUAAUCAACCACGAAAUAGUAAAGGAUCUGCAGGCACCGAUUCUAUAAAUGUUGGAGUGAUGGGAGUCAGUUUAGGAAUAUCUAGCUCUUCCUAUAUUAAUUCUUUCCACCACCAGACUCUGGGUCAUUUCCUUAAUGAGGUUGAGGAAGACAAAGAAGACCAUCUUCCACUGGUAGGUCUUCAAUUGCAUGGUUCUGUGAGAACUCACAGCCGAGGUGGAUCAAGAAGCAGGCAGGGACAGUAGGAUGUUAUGGAAAAGACCCAUCUGUUUCCAAAAUGAGGGAGCAACUAUAGAAGCUUUUAAAAUCAGUAUUCAACUGUAGCAAUAUAAAACCUGUUUACAAAAGAACUGUUAAAUCUUUCUUUACAAAGAGUCUUAUUUUUGUAUUAACUUCAAACAACUGCCAAAGACUACAAGGUUGUGUCUGAAUUUUGUUCCUACAGAUUAGCUAUGCUAUUCUAUAGGAUGGUGAAAGCAUGUAUUCAAGAAAUCAGCUAACCUCUAGUAUCCUAUUGCAUGUAAAUUCCAUUGCAAAGAAUGUAUGCCUAAAGAACCUGAUUCCUUUAGCAAUAAUGUGGUAACAUCAGUUGACUUGCCAGUUAUUAACACUUGAUGGCAAUAUGUUUAGUAAAAUUAAAUCAGAUUAUUGCUUGGACACACUUCUAGUAGUUUCUCUAACUGUAUGAAAUGUUCUGAGUACCAUCUGUUCACAUACUUUGGAAAACUGCAGAAGCUGAUGUCUGAAAGUGGCCGAGAUUAAAGCUUAUAGUGUACCUAAAUUGAUUGAUAUAUUUAAAUGUAUAAUGCUACCAUUCCCCAUUAAAAACUUACCUCUUCAACCAUUGACUUGGCCAAGACUCCAAGGGGCUGCAACAAUUUUGUAUAUUACAACUAUACUUAUAGUAUUUACUUUCCCUUGUUUUAAAUGAAGCAAGAUUUUUGGUAAACAUGUAACAAGUGACUGUCUCUGCAGCAAUAAGAUUCAGUUUUAAGGUUCUGUCACUGGGGAGAGAGAUACACACUUUGUUAACAUGCAAAUGUUAUAAAAAGCACUGCCUACGCUGAAUGUUGCAUUUAAUGUCUGUUGUAAUUUUAAUAUAACUCAAGGUCUUACUACAGAAAGUAAGUGCCAGACUGCAAGUAUGAAGCUAUGUAAAUUAAAUAUAGUUUUACAUUAUAUUCUAGAUACCAUGUGAAAGUUGUAAAAGCCAGAAUGGAAUGGAUUCUUAUUCAAU